CUGGAGGGGUCCCGCUGCGUCGCUGGGGCUGCACCUCGGACCAGGGCCGCCGACGCGUCUGCAGCCAUGUCGGGCCGCUCGGUGCCACAUGCCCACCCGGCCACCGCUGAGUACGAAUUUGCCAACCCGAGCCGCCUGGGUGAGCAGCGCUUCGGAGAAGGCCUCCUGCCAGAAGAAAUCCUGACCCCCACCCUCUACCAUGGCUACUAUGUCCGGCCUCGGGCUGCCCAAGCUGGGGAGGGCAGCAGGGCAGGGGCUUCCGAGCUCAGGCUCAGUGAGGGCAAGUUCCAGGCAUUUCUGGAUGUGAGCCACUUUACCCCAGAUGAGGUGACUGUGAGGACUGUGGACAACCUGCUGGAGGUGUCUGCCCGGCACCCCCAGCGCCUGGACCGCCACGGCUUCGUGUCGCGAGAGUUCUGCCGCACCUACGUCCUGCCUGCUGAUGUCGACCCCUGGCGGGUCCGCGCUGCUCUCUCCCAUGAUGGCAUCCUUAACCUGGAGGCGCCUCGGGGUGGCCGACAUUUGGACACAGAGGUCAAUGAGGUCUACAUCUCCCUGCUCCCUGCGCCUCCUGAUCCGGAGGAAGAGGAGGAGGCAGCCAGAGUUGAGCCCUGAGUGCCACAGACCUAGCACCCUGCGAAUUCCUUUCUAUCUACUGCCGUGAUACAAGCAGCUGCCCACCACCCCAGAGGUAGCAGCAUCCUUGGGGAAAGGGAAAAGUGCAUGGUCCACAAUGUAUGGUUUGGUCCCUUGGGACAUGUGGUAGCCUUUGGUUUAGUUCUGGGUGGAGCUUAAUAAACCCAAAUCUCAGGGCCUUGUUUGUGCUGCUCCCUAUUCUGUGGCCUGGAGGAUGGGAUGGGCAGGGGGAGAGGAGGUCAAUAGCCAGCUAGACAAAAUCUCCUCAGUUAGAUGUGCCCAACGUCACAGCACCCUGAGCUCACACUUGCAUGCUGAGAUCACACCCGGAAGCUGACACUGGCUCCCCAUCAAAUUCCUAGCCAUAAUUUUCUCACAAUGCAACAAAAGAGAGAGUGAUCCUGGGAGGGAAAAGGGAUAUGCCAUCCAAACAGCCCAGAGGGCACUGUCUGAGCUGGUGAUUAGAGACACAAAAACAAGGGUCUCCAGACUGUCUGGCCUGUUUUGGAUAGGGGUUGGGAAAAUAGGUUUUGGCUGGAGAGAGUUGCCUAAAGCCCUGUUUUCCCAUAUUAAGGUCUGUCCACUGAAAAUGGUCUCUGAUUCUGAGGGACUAAGUGUGCAUACACAGGGGCACACACACAGAAACCUCUGCCAUUGUCACGGAACCCCAAAGUCUCCCCACCCUCUGCACAGGGGAGGCCCAUGAAAAGAAAGCAUUUGUUUCUAAUCUUGGAACAACCCAAAGAGGAAUCACUGCAUCACCCCACCCAAUCUGAGACUAAAUGCAGGGGAUCUAAGGCUAUUGGUGUGGUGGUGAUGGCCGGGGAACCUUCCUUUGGAAGUAGUCUUAAUACUAGGGGUAUGAUGUGUUCAGGAAAGUCUAGUGGUCUGAGCCCUCAAUUAUUCUCUGUAAUCAAGAGAGCAUGUGUGUAUAUGAUUUGAGGAGUGUCCAGAAGACCUCCCUGUCCCAAAAUAUAUCUUUUACCAGGCUGUGGUGGAUACCUGAAAUUCUUCCAUUAAAGUGGUUGAUCCUUAACUUUGUUGGGUUGCAGACCCAUUUGAAAAUCUGACAAAAGCUAUGGAUUCUCUUACCAGAAAAAUGCACAUGCUCCCAAAUUUGGUAUACAAUUUAGAUAGGUUCAUACAGCUCUUGAGAUCCAUUCAUAUGCCCCUCUUAGAGAUCUGUGGACCCCCAGGAUAAGAACCCUCACUUGAAGAAUUCAAUUUUUGGUUAAAGGAUUGCCAUCAAUUAAAAAUGAUAGCAUGCCUCAGAGAAGUAACUAUUGAUAUAUUCAUUUGUUCAUUCAUUCAUUCAACAAAUAUUUAUCAAACCCCAAGUAAUAUACUAUGGGGGAUGCACAUUGUAAAUAUAAAUUAUUAAA